GUUACAUAACAGGUUUUUGAAUGCUUCUAAUUGCCAAAAGAUGGUGGCAAAGCACAGCUUUUGUCCAAAUGAAACUCUUCAACUCUCUUUUACAUAGUUCCUUGACACCAAUAGGCCACAAAACAGUGGAAAAGUAUUUUUUUAUUGCUUUAUAAGCACAAAAAAAGCAAACAGGUGAGCUUCUCACUGAAUAACGGAGGGUGAGUCAUUCAUUUUCUUUUCCUCUUAUCCUCACGAGUGUCGCGGGGAGUGCCGGAGCCUAUCCCAGCUGUCAACGGGCAGGAGGCGGGAUAUAACCUGAACUGGUUGCCCGCCAGUCGCAAGGCACAUGGAGACAAACAGCCACACUCACAAUCACAACUCGGGGCAAUUGAGAGUGUCCAAUUAAUGUUGCAUGUUUUGGGGAUGUUGGAGGAAACCGGAGUGCCCCGAGGAAACCCACACAGGCACGGAGAGAAAGUGCAAACUUGAACCAACGACCUCAAAACUGUGAGGCCAACGCUUUACCAGCUGAGCUACCGUGCCGCCUGGGUGAGUUCCAAUGAGAUCCAAAAAAAAAAAAAAAUGCCUGAAUUUAUGAUUGCUAUAUAAAUAAUACAACGUUGGCAUUAGCUACAAUCAAAAUUGAUACAGAUCUUUGCAGUGUUUUCAAUCCAAAACAUCACAUAGUAUGUGUAUGUACAGUAUAUGCCAUGCCAGAGUGUAGUGAGGACACUUCUUACAGCGUUCUCCUCCUCUUCGUCCUCCCCCUCAGUGAGGGGGCAGGUCCUGUUGUGCUGAGCUGCGUUACAUCCCCUGGCCAGUGAUGCUGUAGCUCACACGAGGCUUUGCUCAGCCUUCGUCGCUCAUCCUUUGUGGAGGCGAAGCGUUCGGCGUGACCUGCUUUCAGCACCGCAGCCCGCAGACAGCUCCACCUCCCUCCGCGGCCACGCCGACAUCAGACCAGCCGCUCCCCGGCCGAGGGCUUCACUCGAGCGGCUAGCAGUCUUGUAGCAUCCGUGGCGGUGGUUGGAGCACCGGCAACCAGUUUCUCUUUUCUUUCCUUUCCUUUCUUUUUUUUUCUUUUUUUUUAACAUUUUUACAUAAGUUAAGGAUGGCGCCAAAACACCUUUGCAUCGUUCUCCAGCUUCUACUUUGCAGUCUACUAAGCCAAAUAUCUGCUUUUCCAACACCGACGGCAUCUAGCAAUGAUAAAUCUGUGUACAACCGACAGCUGACAGAAGAAAGACCUCUCCAAGAGCAGAUUGCUGAGGCGGACAGUGUGAAGGCCGCCAUACAGUCGGCUGAAAGCAAGCGGCCCACCGUGUCUGAGGAGCCGGACCGCGAUGACCCUACCGUGCUGAAGUCACUGGCCCAGAGCCAGAAAUCCAAGGAGAGCGUCGCUACGCUGGAGCAGAAGAAAGACGAGUACAUUCCCGAUGAAUCUGACUCCACCAAGACUCGCCGCAGGGCCGAGGAAUACGACUCCACCAAGAACGGAAUGGAUCAUGAUGACACAGACACGUUCCGUCAGGUGGACGGCACCCCGCUAACGGCGGAGGACAUCGUACAGAAGAUCGCAGACAAGAUCUACGAGGAGGACGACAGAGGAGUCUUCGACCGGAUCGUUUCCAAACUACUCAAGCUAGGCCUGAUAACAGAAAGUCAAGCGGACACAUUGGAGUACCAGGUCGCCGAAGCCCUGCAGGAUCUCAUCACCAAAAACGCCAAAAACAACGAGAUCGAGGACAGCGAUGACGAGGAAGUCAGGGGAGCGCAGGACGCCCGGGAAGAAAACUUGCAGGAUAAAUGGGAGCAGCCCAGCCGGCGCUACGACGGCGAGGACGAGGAGGCUGAAGAUGAAGACGACGGGGUUACGGAUGAGGUGGACAGGGAUGCGGGAGACGAGGACGAGACGUUAGAUAACGCCUGGGACAGAGAUGACGGCGAGGAUGACAAUGAAGUGAACCCCGAGGAUGGGCUCCAGGAUCUGCAGUACUUUCCCAAUUUCUACCGCCUGCUCAGGAGUCUCAAUUCCGAUCAAGACGCUCAGGAACGAGAGACGCUCAUCACCAUCAUGAAGACGCUGAUUGAUUUUGUGAAGAUGAUGGUCAAGUACGGCACCAUCACACCUGAGGAGGGCGUCUCAUAUCUGGAAAAUCUGGACGCUAUGAUUGCAAUGCAGACCAAGAACAAGCUCGGAAAGGCUCUCGGACCUCCAGAGUUUACAGAACCCGAUGUCGGAAAGAAUUUCGACGAGGAUGACAACACCAAGGCCGAGGCUGCCAAGAUGCAGAAGGAGUACGAGAACCUGAAGGACUCCACCAAGGAGGAUCGCCUAUCUACUAAUCGGCCCGGCAAGUCGGAAACCUAUCUGGAGGCCAUCCGGAAGAACAUCGAGUGGCUGAAGAAACACAACAAGCAAGAAGGCAAAGACGAUUAUGACCUGUCCAAACUGAAGGACUUCAUGGACCAGCAGGUGGACUCGUACAUCGAGAAGGGCAUCAUAGCCAAGGACGAGGGGGACACCAUCAAGAGGAUCUACAGCAGCCUGUGACGUCACCCCAUCCGGUUUCCA